AUGGCACAACGUAUAGAUGUCGACAGAGACUCCCAAGAUCCUAUGGUCGAAAGCCCACUGGAGGCAAGCGAAUCGGUCCCCGGUAUGUCGGCAUCGGGCAAGCAAAAGGAGCAGGAAAGCGACUCCACUUUGCCGUCUGAUGGCAGACAAUCGUGGAACAAAGCAGAUGUGAAUAGCUUCGCCCAGACUAUCAAAGCCAUGUCGACAUCCACGGCAUCUCUAGUUGAAUCUCAUUAUCAAGCCCACCUCGACCCGAACAACUCCGAAUUCCGAGCCAAGGACUGGGCGAGAGAAUACUACAAUUUUCGAUUCCAAGGAGGACAUACGCCGCGGAAAGCAGGCAUUGCUUUCAGAAGUCUCAAUGUCUGCGGCUACGGUACAGCCACUGAUUACCAAAUGAGUGUUGGAAACGCGGCAUUGAAGAUGGUUUCAGCGGGAGCGGAGCUGCUUGGCCUCAGAAAAAAGCAGCGAGUCGACAUUUUGCAAGACCUCGAUGGACUGUUGCUCCCUGGUGAGCAACUCUGCGUUCUGGGCCCGCCUGGAUCGGGGUGCUCGACCCUGUUGAAGACCGUUGCCGGCGAAACCUUGGGUCUCGAAGUACAACCAGAAUCCUAUAUCAACUAUCACGGUAUCACUCCAAAGCAAAUGAAAAGCGUCUUCCGUGGAGAAGCUAUCUACACCGCUGAAGUAGACUGCCACUUUCCAUCACUCUCUGUGGGAGAUACACUCUACUUUGCAGCGCGCGCGAGAGUACCUCGCACUAUCCCCGAAGGAAUCAGCCGCGAGCUUUAUGCCACUCACCUACGCGACGUCACCAUGGCCAUGUUCGGAAUCAUUCAUACAAAGGAUACUCAGGUUGGAAAUGACUUUGUGCGUGGAGUCAGUGGCGGCGAACGGAAGCGAGUGACGAUCGCCGAGGCAUCGUUAAGUUACGCACCGUUACAGUGCUGGGAUAAUAGUACCCGUGGACUGGAUAGUGCCAACGCGAUCGAAUUUUGCAAGACCCUGCGGAUGCAGAGUGAUGUGUUUGGGAUAGCGUCCUGUGUCGCAAUCUAUCAGGCACCUCAAGCAGCUUACGAGGUCUUUGACAAAGUCACUGUUUUAUACGAAGGGAGACAAAUUUAUUUCGGAAGAACAUGUGAUGCCAAAGCAUACUUUGAGCAACUCGGAUUCAAGUGUCCAGAAUCCCAAACUACUCCCGAUUUCUUGACUUCGAUGACAAGCGCGACGGAGCGUCUGAUCAGUCCGGGGUUCGAAAGUCUUGUCCCACGAACAUCUGUUGAAUUUUCUCAGCGGUGGAAAGAAAGCCCAGAACGCAAACAGCUCCUGGAUCAAAUCCACCAAUACAGCCAGGAUCACCCCUUUGGAGGAGACAACCUUCGAGAAUUUUCAAAUGCUAGAAAGGCCGAGAAGUCUAACAAGCAACGUGAAGACUCACCUUAUACCCUGUCCUAUGGGUCACAGAUUCACUUGUGUAUGCUGAGAGAAAUGACGCGAAUCAAGGCUGAACUCGGCAUUCCGAUCUAUAUGUUGGUAAACAACAUCAUCAUGUUUUUGGUUAUUGGAAGCUUGUUCUACAAUCUUUCUUUAUCCACGGAGUCAUUUUUUGGACGUGGAGCCACGAUUUUCAUGGUUGUCAUCCUCAAUGCACUGGGGACUGUGCUGGAGAUCAUUAACCUCUACGGGAAGCGCGAUAUUAUAGAGAAACACAAACGCUAUGCGCUCUAUCAUCCUAGUGCCGAUUCGGUGGCCUCGAUGGUUAUGGAUCUGCCAUAUAAAGUUGUCGGUGCCAUUGUGUUGAACAUUCUGCUUUAUUUCAUGACAGAUCUUCGCCGCGAGCCAGCGCAGUUGACCAUGUCCAUGUUUUUCCGACUCCUUGGGUCACUGACCAAGACUCUUGAGCAAGCAAUGACUCCAACAACGGUCGUCAAUAUCGGACUGGUUUUGUACGCCGGGUUUGCAAUUCCCGCCUCUUACAUGCUUGGCUGGGCCCACUGGAUCCGCUACAUUAAUCCUAUAUACUACGCGUUUGAAGCCCUCAUGGUCAACGAAUUUCAUGGUCGAAAGUUUGAUUGCUCGAACUUCGUACCGUCAGGACCUGGCUAUGAGAAGGUGUCCGCAGACGAGCGCGUGUGCUCGGUGAUAGGCUCGACUCCGGGCACCAACAGCGUCGACGGCGACGCCUUUCUCACUCAGUCCUAUGGAUACUCUUAUAACUUUCGUUGGGCGGAUUUUGGUAUCAUGGUUGGAUUUUGCGUUUUUCUCUGCAUCUGCCACCUAAUAGCCUCGGAGCUUGUCGCCGCUCACAGAUCGAAGGGUGAAGUUCUUGUGUUUCGUCGUGGCGAGAUACACCAAAAGUUGGCCAAGCAGCGCAAGGUUGAUGAUGAGCAGCCACGGGCAGGUGUUUGUCUCGGCGAGACAACGUCUUCCACUCUUCCGUCUCAGGGUGUGGAGCAGCAGGACUCUGUUUUCCACUGGGAGAACGUCUGCUACGAUAUUACAGUCCAAAAGCAAAGUCGAAGACUGCUCGAUAACGUUGACGGAUGGGUCAAACCAGGCUCAUUGACAGCUCUCAUGGGUGUUUCUGGCGCCGGCAAAACAACUCUUUUAGACGUUCUCGCUAACCGCACCACAAUGGGUGUCGUCACGGGGGACAUGCUGGUGGAUGGUCGAUUGCGAGACAACUCAUUCCAACGCAACACUGGAUAUGUCCAACAGCAGGAUCUCCACCUGAAAACUUCCACUGUUCGGGAAGCUCUCGAGUUUAGUGCUUUGCUCCGACAGCCACAGCACUUUACGACACAAGAAAAGCUGGAAUAUGUCAAUACCGUCAUCGGUAUCUUGAGCAUGGAAGAAUAUGCAGAUGCUGUGGUUGGAAUCCCUGGCUCCGGGCUCAACGUUGAACAGAGAAAACGUCUUACAAUCGGGGUGGAACUUGUAGCACGCCCCAAGUUACUGAUAUUCUUGGAUGAACCCACUUCUGGUCUUGACAGCCAGACGUCCUGGUCUAUCUGUAACCUUAUGGAAAAAUUGACUAACAACGGGCAAGCAAUUCUGUGCACGAUCCACCAGCCGUCGGCAAUGCUUUUCCAGCGUUUUGACAGACUCCUGCUCCUCGCCCGAGGGGGAAAGACAGUCUACUUUGGAGAUAUUGGCAAACAAUCCCAUGUUUUGAUGGAUUAUUUCGUUCGAAAUGGCGGUCCUGUCUGUCCUCAUGGGACUAAUCCUGCCGAGCAUAUGCUGACCGUGAUCGGCGCUGCUCCUGGGUCUCAAACACAGAUUGACUGGCCCGAUGUAUGGCGCAAGAGUCCGGAGUACAAUGCAGUAUGUGACGACCUUGCAAAGCUCAAGCAGCUAACGGAAAACUCCUCAACCUCGCCCUCGACCAGUGAUCCUUCCAUCAACACAGAAUUUGCGGUCCCUCUCAUCGGUCAGUUCUUCAUUGUAUCCAAGCGUGUGUUCCAGGACCUCUGGCGCAGUCCAUCUUACAUUUAUUCUAAAAUAUUCCUUUGUCUAACGAGUGCUUUGUUCAUCGGAUUCUCUUUCUUCAAUGGCGAGAAUACUCAACAGGGGUUGCAAGACCAAAUGAUUGGAGUAUUCAUGUUCAUUAUCGUCUUCAUUCAGCUAGUCAUGCAGAUAAUCCCAGCCUAUGUGAGCCAGAGGACAUUGUAUGAAGCGCGAGAACGUCAGUCCAAAACAUACGCUUGGCAGAUCUUCCUUCUCUCAAAUAUAUUGUCUGAGCUUUUUUGGAACUCGUUGAUGGCCGUUUUGUGUUUUGUUUGUUGGUACUAUCCCAUGGGCGUUUGGCGAAACGCAUUGUAUGCGGGUGCACUUCACUCCCGGGGUCUUCUUGUCGUUCUUACUCUCUGGGCUGGAUUCCUCUGGAGCAGCUCCUUCGCUCAUCUGGUCAUAUCUGGAUUCGACUUCCCCGAGAUGGCAUCGGGUCUCUGCAACUUCCUGAUGCUCAUGUGCUUGUAUUUCUGCGGAAUUAUUGCCAAACCAGCUUCUUUCCCACGCUUCUGGAUCUUCAUGUACCGUGUGAGCCCCAUGACCUACCUGUCCUCUGCAUUUAUAUCUGCUUCUCUCGCAGACGCUCCGAUGCACUGCAGCGAAUCCGAAGUUCUAUCAUUUAUGAGUCCAGGGAACCAGUCCUGCGAGGAGUACAUGGCACCCUAUAUUGCCAGUGCAGGUGGUUUCCUUCUGAAUCCAGAUGCCAAUGGGAACGCUGCAGAGGCAUGCCAAUACUGCGCGGUGGGCAACACCAACCAAUUCCUCAGCGGUGUGGGUAUUGAUCCGUCGACCCGUUGGAGGGAUUUCGGCAUAUUGUGGGUUUUCUUUGUGUUCAACAUCGGCCUAACCCUCUUCUCAUACUGGUUUUUCCGAGUAUCCAAGACGAAGAAAGGAAAGCAGUAA